AUGACCGGAAACACAAAGGUCACAUACAGCGGGAAACAAAGGCGGGCUACAGGGGCUGCGCGCCCGUCAUCUCCGCUCGCUGGUCCCUCUCGUGCAAGCACGGAGACUCAGUCCCAUUACUUUCCAUCGAGCCCCCCACGUGGCCGCGAUGACUUCAGCCGCGCCAGAAUCAACCAGAGGGAGGUCGAACAGCUGCAGCUCGACGCAGGCCAAGUCCCCACGACCGUCCUUCCUAUCCCCGUUGAUCGGCAAGAUAAAGCAAGAGACAACGCACGACGACCUCGUUUCGACUACGGUGCGGAGCUGAAGAAGGGUCUUACAUUCGUUGCCGCAGCAGCGUAUGCUGAGGAACUCGCCGAUUACCAUGCGGUUGCAAGGAGCAUGAACGAGUCGGACUUCCGGGUCGCCGCUGUAUAUCUCAUGGCAUCCAUACCCGCCGCCCUCCUGGAGGCUAUAGUCGGCGGUAACCUCUGCAUCGCUGCCCGGUCAAACGAUGACAUUGACAAUCUCCUCUACGACUCAAAGUCGAUGUGGCACAUCCGAGCAAACGACAAGAACGCACCAGGGAUCUAUAUCCGAUUUCUUGUCGACAAGGACGGCAACGCACCCACACCCAACCAAUACCUCCGGGUAGCCAAGAGACUUCGGGACUAUGUCUCUGGCGAUGACCAAUCCUUUGAGGCGGCAGCAAGCCUGGAUAACAUAAAGGGAACGACCAAGGCCUCUGGGCGGGAUAUCAGCAAAGGUCAUUACCGCUUUCUCAAUGGCUCCGAGCAGAGAGUCAUGCAGAUACUGACCUGGUGCACCGCACUCGAGGACCGCAUUCAUGAGCUUCCUGCGGAUGAACUUGAUACGCCUAUGCAGCGGCCAUGCACCUACGUCGGAUAUUCUGUGUCGGUCUCACAGCGUCUGCACGAACACGACGAGGGAGGCACCAGUUGGUUCCAGCACAUGGUGCAGGCCGCGUUCCAGGCAGAGGUCGAUUACCCACUGUUCAGCUUCGAGGGCCAUGCAGUCUGCUUCCUGCAGGAGAGCGAGGCACCAGUCGCCGAAGUUCUCAUCAGUGUGAUUACCGACAGCAUGAUCGAGACUGGUGGCGGCUUCGGCGUUUACCAAGCAGGGAUUCAGACAACGAGCGCAUUGCUUGGGCACCUCCCCACCCGUGAAUGGCCUGGUGUUUGGAAGGCAUGCGCGCGAUGGCGGGAAGAUCAAAACCACAGCGACGGGAACCUGUUUCGGGAGCGCGCACUGCUGGAAGCGCACCACGCAAAUCCUACAGCCGCGUCCAAUCAGGUAAGCCAGAGCGCAGAUGCCAUCCGGCGAGACAUUACCGCGCUCGAGGCAGAUAUCACGAGGCUGCAGCGUGACGCUGAUGACUACGAUGGCGAGGCCGCGCCAGAAGACGACCUCGAUGACAAAAUUCAAGAGCUAGAAGAUGCCAUGAACGCCGACGAUCCUGAUUCUGACGAUGACUCCGAAGCUCGCCAGUCUUCCAGGGCGGUGGUGGAGAUGCUGAGGCGAAGGCAGGCAGCGAGGACGGCAUAG